UGUCAGGAACAAGCGAUAACUAGUUUAUUUAGCUGUAUUUUAAGCGGUGCGCAUUGCUUGACGGUGUCAUUCACUAGUCCGCAGUCGUGUGUCGGCCGUGUUGCAAGAAACUCACUACGCCAUGGCCUCCGUAAAAACUGAAAAAGUCGGCAUUGUUGGCAGUGGCCUUAUCGGCCGUUCAUGGGCCAUGCUGUUUGCGUCUGUGGGAUACCAAGUGACGAUAUUCGAUAUCGUCCCGCAACAGGUCACCGAUGCUUUGGCUGACAUCAAAGUGCAGCUCAAGACUUUGGAAAGAGACGGUCUACUGAGAGGAAAACUGAAUGCCGACCAGCAAUUCUCGUGUAUUAAAGGAACUUCUGACUUAGCCACCGUGGUCAAAGACGCCGUUUUCGUCCAAGAAUGCGUUCCAGAAAGCCUCGAAUUGAAGAAGAAGGUUUACUCAGACUUGGACAAAGUAGUCGAUGACAAAACUAUUUUGUCUAGUUCUACUAGUACAACUCUACCGUCUUUGUUCUCAGAGCAGAUGAAACACAAAGCUCAGGUUAUUGUGUCUCACCCAGUGAACCCACCGUACUACGUUCCUCUCGUAGAGAUUGUUCCCGCUCCAUGGACUAGGAAAGAUGUCUGUGAAAAGACAAGGGCGAUCAUGUUGGAGAUUGGACAAGAACCCGUUUCCCUGAGCCGUGAAAUCGAUGGAUUCGUACUUAACCGUAUUCAGUACGCUAUUUUGGACGAAGUUUGGCGUUUGGUUGACAACAAGAUUGUGAACGUAGAAGACAUCGACAAAGUAAUCUCUGAAGGUCUUGGAAUGAGAUACGCUUUCCUUGGAUCCCUAGAAACUGCACACUUGAAUGCAGAGGGCAUGAAGUCUUACAUCGAGCGGUACGGAGAGACCAUUUACAACGUCAGCAACACUAUGGGAGAUAUUCCACGAAUGACCACGAGCAAGAGUGCGGACACCAUUUGCGAGCAACUCAACAAAAUGGUGCCUCUGGACAAGUUGCAGGAAAGGCGUGCUUGGCGCGACGCUUGCCUGACACGUCUAGCUCUUCUCAAAAAGGAGAUGAACAAACAAAAAGUGAAAUACUAGAACUGAUUUUGUAACAUAAUAUGAUAAGUGUAAUAAAAUAAUAAUAUGAAUGUGUACCUACAAAUUGAAGUGAUGUUCCCAUUAUUUACCUUUAUGUCCAUGUUUUUUAUUUUGUAGAUAUCAAAUGAUAAUAUACUUGUUAAAAUAUAUUUGUAUUUAAAAAUA